AUUAAGAGGAAGACACCGAGAUGGUGCAGUUAUACUACUACGAGAACCUCGGAGCGGAGUGCCGCAAGCUUCUGGCCAAGACCGACUACCCGGUGAAGAUCCUCCUGUUCCCGUACGAGGGCUGGGCGGCCUCGGCUCUGCGAGUGACGUGGACCCUGAAGUUGCACAAGUGGAGCCGGUCCCGCUGCAAAGUGGCGGAGAAGUGCGGCAGCCGCAUGGCGUCGACCGUCGCGAAGGUGACCGAGUUCGCCAAGGGGUACAUGUCGAUCAGGGGCAGGUUCAAAGGCGUGAAGGAUCCCGACUUUGAGUUGUGUCUCACGUCGCAUGUUUCUAACGCGGAUUUCCGCGACGGUUACUUACUGACGGGGACGCUAGAGCGGGGGGACCGCUCCGAGGGAAGGAUGGAGCUCACCCACUUCGCUAUGGUGCGGAGAGACCCGUACUGAAGGCCUGAAGCUCUCGGAGAUACUCCUGAGACUGCUCUAACCGAGGACGUACAUUCAAGCAAUGACGAGGCACGAAGCGCUGAUCAUGUAUGACAGAAGGUAGCAAUAUGAUAGAUAGGCCCUCUCACAAACAAGACUGCAGGCUUGCCAAAAAUAUCCCUCUCUGUUACACGUGACAUAUGUUUGACAUUUUCCGGGCUGAUUCCUGGCAGAUAUAAUAUAAGAACCGGCUCAACAAUGGCGACAGACGCAUUAUUACAUGUAGGUACCUGGCUUAUAUGAUGCUACCGUUUCUACAGCCACGUUUUGUUAUAAGCAUCUACCUUCAAUACUUAACUCACAGCUAAAUCGCUAGCUUAGUCUGGUAGCCGCUGCAAUAGAGAGUACAGGUAAAAUAGAAUUAUAUAUCUAGCGCCCAAGCGGCGUACAAGAUUGCUUUCUUUGUGUGUACAAACCACGUUGAACCAGCAAUCACUGCAGGCGCAUAUUUACGAAGCUUAGCCCGAGUAUCUGUUCUUUGUCAACCCCACGCCAGCCGCCGCCGCUAUAGAAAUUCGAUGCUAUCAGUUCUGUGCUUAACUGAAGCGUUCCCGGGCCGUACGUCAAUUGUUGACGUUGAGAAAUCUGCCGAUAACUGACUGGCAAUGAAAACGACGCGGCGUGAACAGCCUAGACGUGUGCAGUCAUUUCAAGCUGCAUAUUAAUAUAAUAUUAUAUCUGCCAACAUUCUGAAUAUGAAUUUUCCUUUGUGUGUGUCGGAAACCACCAGAGACAUGCCUCGCCUUUUAAUAUUGACGAGCAAAUAAUUGGGUUUGUGUUCCAAAUCAUCCUGAUGUAUUCCUAAUUGGGAUUUAUGACCCUCAUUUAGCCACCGCCAUUUUUUCCGCCUUAAUACCAAUACAUGAAAAACGCUGUUCAUAUAUAUAAUAUUGCUGUCUGCCAUUUGACGAAACGUGUUCAUUAUUAUUGCAUGAAUCCAGCGCCCUUCUGAGAUUAUGAUCAUAAAGGCAUAUCAUAGAGCACCAAUCAGACAACCCUCCCCGAUAGGAGCGGCCAACCUGGAGCGCUCCCCGGGCGACUUUGACGGAUCGCUGUCGUUACAGAAACAAUUUGGCAGCGACCGAUAAAAAGGCCUGCCCGGGUAGAGACGACCCGCCUGCACUGCCGGGGCUUCAUAAGCAUGCAGCAGCGGCCUGGAGAGGUUAUCUACGGGCGAAUUUGUAACCCAGGGUAGAUUUACUAGCAGAUUUAAGACCCCCAGGCGCCGUAACUGCCCUCAAAAUCCUAUUAAGUACCAACCAUUUUACCAAAUUACUUCCCCCUUCGCAUCGAUGUUCUGUUUCAUAAUGUCAUGAUGGGGAGGAUACGUGUCGUUCUUAGGUCUCACUGAACUGGCGACUAUAAAAUAUUUACCAAAUCCCUCUGGUAGGGACGGAAUACGAACGUUUCAUGUAAUAUAUAAUGUUAGUGUAACAUUAUUUUGACAGUGCAUCUAUAUGUGUGCCGGUACAAUGCUAGGUAAUCUUUAGUACAUUAUGUGUCUGUAUUGUUUUCCCAUGCUGUAUGUAUGUAUGUACAUCGCU